AAGGAGAACAUCGAGGAAUAGUGCGAGCGAGAGACCCUGAUUGGAGGCACUGCUCCCAAAGCAUACGGUACGAAUGUCAACAGUGGCGUCUUUGUUUGCGUUGGGAUAACCAGCUUCAUUGGUAGAGUGUGCUGAAGGAGAAGGGUCGCUUUCGCCAAAAAACGCCAGGACAGGAGACUUGUAACUAAACACGAUGACCAGUGGUACCGGGCGUUGCAAGUGGUCAUAUACGGUUGGUCUGGUGUGUCUUAGCACGGUCGGUUUUGUGCUGUCGCUGUACACCUCGUACGUGGAGGUGCAAGCUGAACACGACCGCUCAUAUCGGGCGAUAUGCGACAUCAGCGAACGGAUCAGUUGCACCAAGGUGUUCACGUCCAGCUAUGGACGCGGGUUUGGCAUCGUGGGAAAGCUGCUAGGCCAACAGUCGCCGCUUAACGUGCCGAACGGUUUCUACGGCGUCUUCUACUACUUUCUGGUGGCCGCGCUAAGCUUCAGCGAUCAUCUGCGCAUCGCCAGGAUAAACAGUUGGUUGAUCCUGGCAUCGAAUGGUCUCUCACUCUACCUAGCCUAUCUGCUGUAUUUCGUUCUACAGGACCUUUGCCUAGUGUGCGUCACGACGUACGCAGUGAAUCUAAUCAGCCUGAUAUUGUCGUUGAAAAAAAUACAGAUCAUAAUGCGGCAAGAGCGGGUGUUACAUGCGGUGCACGGCGAAUCGAAGCGGAAGUGAACAGUGCAAUCCAGCCAAGAUCAAUCGAUCGGCUAAUCGACGUGUGUGCCGCGCGGUACAUACCCAUUUCGAAUUCGGGUUCGCGCUUCUUCGUGCUGACUCUCUUGCCUGUUGUACUAUCUACUACCGCACCAGUUUCAUGGUACUCACAAAACCUUGGCGAAAUGUAAUUAAUUAUAUUAUCGACAAACAUAUGUAAUUUAGCUGCUUGUUUCCCCGGCUUACUUGUGCCAAAGAUGUGAAUCGACUAUUCAUUGUAUAAUGUGAUCGGAUUAAACAUGAACCAAAGCAAAACCUAUCAAACGGCAAAUAAAAUAGUU